UAGUCCAAUCAUCUACCCCACUUGUUUCAUGAUUCAUAAUAUGUCAGAGGAAAAGGAUGUUGUGGAGGCCAUCCUGAAUAGUCCAUUCAUGCUGCUGUUGCCAUGGAUUCACCGAACGAGGAAACACAAGACAGAGAGAAGCUGUGUGUCAAGAUCAAAGAUUGGCUUUCAGACACUCAGCAAGGAUGUCACACAAACAUGCUGAGGCUGAGAUUAGCCUCAGGCUCUGUGCAAAAGGAAGGGCAGAGAAGGUAAUACCACCCGCUAAUUGGAUUCCCAGCACCACGAUGAGAAGACAGGAAAACCAGCCACCCAGGCCAACAGCAGGCUGCCUGUCUGUGCCGCUCUUCAACCAGAAGAAAAGAAACAGAGUUCCUUUGACAUCUGCUCCCUCUGAGAAUGAGUUCUUCUCCCACAGUGAAUACAUAGCAGACACCAGCUCACCUGCAUCUCACAGCACAUCAGGUACCUAUGGAUGUUACCCGGCCUCAGGUCCGUCCUCUGGUGCUCCACAAAGCCACCAGUGGAACAGGCAGGGCAUCCCACAAUCUACUCCGCCCAAGCAGUAUGGCGGCAACAGACCUGCUCCUGGACCUGCCCCUGCAAUGAGAACCUUUAGACCCAUAGCCCAUCCAUACAAAGCUGGAGGCACAAGCUCUACAAUGGGACCGCCCAUCAACCCAAUGAGACAACAGGAUUUUAGCCCUCGUGUUAACUCAGGACAAAGAUAUCAAGCCCCCCACAUCAGUGAGAGUGCACAAAUUAAGCCAAUUCCGAAUACUGGGUUCUCUCAGACGGGUCAGCAGUCAUCUUACGGACCGCGGAAUCCCACACAUCAGUAUUCUCAGCAGCCCAGACCCCUGCCUGCUCCUGUCCCACCACCCACCAGGCCCUCUGCUUCUGCAGCGCAGCCACAAAAGAACUCCUGGAAGUUUACUAACAGCUUUGGGCCGCAGAGAUCCGCCUUUGAGGGAAACAGGAGCACAAAUCAACCUCAGACUGCACAACAAAUUCAAACUCAGGACAGAUUUCCACUGAAGCCAGCCAUUGAGAACUCACUGAGGAUCCUGACUUCAGUUAUUGAUGGCAUGAGACACUGGAGCCAGUUUAAAGACAAAGUCCCGUACCUAUUUGAGAUAUUUGCUACUCUAGACUCUGCGGUCACACUGGGUCGCCACGGAGCUAAGAACUUCCUCAUGAGAGACGGGAAGGAAGUUGUGUCGUGUGUCUUCUAUGAAAAUGAACAGGAACUGCCCCGUCUCAUCCGUGGUCAAGUUCAUCGCUGUGUGGGAAACUAUGACCGCAGUAGAGAUGUCCUGAUGUGUGUGUCCGUCAGACCCGGUCUGCCCUCGGAGCUGAGAAACGCUCAAGAGGCUGUCAAAGCCUGCGAUGCAGAAAUGAGAGCGCUGGUCAAAUUACUCAGUGAAGUCUAACAUGAGUACUGCAGGUAUCUUUAGCAGAACAAGACUGAGUUGAAGGCAGUAUUCCAGUAUUUAAUGA